UAAAAUGCAUUAUUAAAAUCUCAACAAACGCAUAUUCUAUGUGUAUGCGCAAGGUGUGGCUUUUCCAGAAAUAGCACAAGUGAUAUGAAAAUGAAAUGAUUUCAAUUUGAUUAUUAGCGAAUAGUGUACGGGAAAAUAAAAUCGAUGAAAUUUCAUAUUACCAGUGCGGGUGGCUAAAUGUGAGAUAAAACCGGGCAACAUUUGGAACGCAGCAUUGUAAAGAAAGAAGUGGAAAUACCUCUCACAAUAUACGUGCUGCCCCAUUUUACUCAACGUUUAUUAUCCUACGCGCAAGGAAGCCUUCACACCUCUCUCUCUCUCUCCCUCUCUCUCUCUCUUUCUCUCUCUUUCUUUUGCUCUCUUAGCAACUUCGAUCUCUUUGCAAAACUAUUCUGCUCAAAUCAGAAACCCAAUUUCCACAAAACCAAAAUCGGAUUAUGCUACACGUCCCUGUUGUUGCCAACGUGGGAAGUUUGAGAGAUUUGCCAGAUAUUUGCUAUGUAUGGUGUGUUUGUAAAGAGACAAUAGAUCACAAAGAACCUACCGUUAACCUAUCGCCAUCGAAAGGAAGCACAAGUUACAGAAGCCAUACGGAUUAGCUGUAGUGUGGGGUUCAUGGAAAUGCACUGUGUAUAACGCAGCGUUACAGUUCAACGUAUCAUAUGCAUACGUGACUAAGAUUUGCUAACCCGACGAACACAUUAACAUAAGAAAAUCAGAGUCUCUGGACGCCAUACACUCCACUCUCAGUAUGAACACCAAACCACCACUUCAAGUUCCCAACUUUAUUGGUAGUGGUUCAACAUCUCGUCCACAAAGCCCAUCACUGUGUUUCUCCACUACAUCGUCGAAGGUAGAUAAAAAUGAACCUGUUACCCUGUGUGGCUGUCAGCAAGCACCAAAAUCUCAAUGCGCCUCUGCUCUAGGAGUACUCAUACUGGUUCUAGCCUAUACAGCUCUUGGAUCAGUACUUUUUGUCACGCUGGAAGGAGAUGGUGAAGAUGGCGAUAUCAUUGAGACAUCUGUGGCGGCAUCCAAACCAUAUCCUAGGCAUGAUCUAGUUAGUGCAGAAAUGCGCCUUAAGACUGUCGAUCGAUUGUGGUCCAUUACUGAGGAUUUAAACAUACUCUAUAAAGAGAACUGGACUCGUUUAGCUGCUCAAGAAAUAUUACACUUUCAGGACACGAUAAUACGGGCAGUACGUGCAUCUCGUACACAACAGGUGACCAAUGUACAGCAAAACACACGGCCCUACAAGUGGACAUUUGCUUCCGCUUUCCUGUAUUCGUUAACAUUGAUAACAACAAUAGGUUUUAGCGGCAUUUCCCCACGGACACAGUGGGGACGUGUAGCAGCACUGAUUUAUGCGCUUUUCGGAAUACCCAUCAUACUGCUGUACCUUUCGGCGAUCGGCGAAGGUCUAUCGAGUGGUAUGCGCUGUCUUUUUCGUCGUCUACGACCAAACCGUUCCUCUUCUGGGAGCACCAACAACAGCAACAGCAGCAAUUCAAGCAUUGGCAGUGUCAGCGUUCCCAUGAGCAGUAAAGCAACGGUGGCCGAGAUGCACAAACGGUCGCAGCAACCGAGCUACCAUCAAACCUGGAACCACGGUGGCACUACCAUUCACGAUCCCUGUGCAUACGCCCUCAACGCACACGGGUUGCGUGGCGGAAUGGCGACAAGCAGCAAACUGCACUCCCAAUCCGUAGUACCAAUAUCGGUCUGCAUUAUGAUACUGAUCUGCUACAUUACACUAGGGGCGGUGCUGUUCCAUAAGCUGCAACCUUGGGGAGUUUUGGAGAGCCUGUACUUUUGUUUCACUUCCCUCGGUACCAUCGGGUUCGGCGAUCUGAUGCCGAAGGGAACCGUUGCACAAUAUGCCGCAUCAGCAUACAUCAUUAUCGGUAUGGCCGUCGUAGCGAUGUGCUUCAGUCUCAUCCAAACGGAACUUAUUAUCUGGCUGAAGAAGUUUACUAUCCCCGAAUCGCUACCCACAUCUACCGAGGAUGUUGCCCUGGUCUCGGUCGCAAUGACACCGAUAAAAUCCUGACAACGGCCAAAUGAUCUCAUUCCCAACGAGUACAACUCACUUCCGCGCCGUUCUAGCGCGUUUCAUCGCAAUACUCCAGCGCGGCGUUCCACCGGCAUCAUGGAGAAUCACAUGGAAUAUUUCGUACCUCGAAGCGUUAGCGAAUUCAAUCUGUCUGGCGUAGGCGAUCUAGCGCUUCCUCCGGCUAAACGCAAUCUGGUGACACAGCACGCAGCCAGCUCGACCAUGCUUGCCGCACCAAAGCCACGCGAAAAGAUGGUCACAUUCGAGGACGAAUCCAAAUUUUUGCAUGGCAUGCCUACCACACCGAGAAAACCGACCCUGACCAACGAUGUGUUCAUGUGACGUGACGGUUCCCGUAAUGGUGAAACGCCUACACCGAACCAGUAUCCAAAUGAUGUGAUCAAGGUUUGAUAGGACUGGAGCACCUUCGCACUGAAAGCUUCCGGUGUGUUUCGCCAAUAAAUUUCCUACUGUUGACUUCGUAUCAGUGACAGCGUGUGUAAUAUAUAUACAUAUAAGCUCAACCAAUGACUAGUGAAUUAUGAAUCACAACAUGUGUAUAGCGAAGGUGGAAGAAAAGUUUUAAUAAUCGGUAUCAAUAAAACCAUGUUUUAUGAGCUUCACUUUCUCUUCUCGCUCUCAACGAACAACCUUCAUAACAAACUGUCAAAUGUCCCAAGUGAAGCAAUCACCCCCAAUCAUCCAUCACCUCAUCUAAUACAUUACAAAUGAAUGGAUGUAGCUAUUAAGCCAGUUUAUCGGUUUGGUCAAAAUCGUGCCAACUAUUACGUACGAUUUAGGUAGCAAAUAAGUGAGUGAGAUUAAAGCAACAAUUUCCACGAAUAGCGACAUCGAUGAAGUGCUCAAAAACAUUGGAGCAUAGAAAUGUCGAAUUGAGUUUAACUGUUACUAUCGUCGAUCAAAAUUGUACAUAUUAUUCUGUUGUAACAUUGUGAGGCCAAUAAAAACCAAAAAUACAUUAGACAGAAAGCGAAAUACUCCAACGAUAGUCUUUGCAUGAGUAUUUUCUGAAUUCAGGA